CCUCCAUCAGCAUCAUCAAUAUAAUGCAACUACCACAGCACCAGCUACAGCAACAAUAACAACAUCACCAAACAAUCCCAACAACAAUUUUCGACCACAAUUAGCUAAUGAUCGCAAUGCAAAUCGCAAUACGAUUCCCUACACCUUUGCUAGCUGGCGCAAUGGCACCUAUUGCUAUCGCUAUAGCAGCAACAGCACCAAUGCCAGCAACAAUAACAGCAACAACAACAACAACAAUAACAGCAACAGCAACAACAAUAGCAAUGAGAACAUUCCCUGUUCUCAUGAUACAAGUAACUAUUCCAAAGUCGAGCUCGUCGAGAAGUUGUUCUUGUGGCAGCAACAGAAACGAAAAGCCUAGCAGCACCAAGAGCAGCAGCAACAGCGACAGUAACACGAACCACAGCAACAACAUGGAUCAACUUUUUAUUAGGAUGGACUUGAAACAAUGAAUUUUGCAAAUGCUAAGUGAAGCAAAGCCGCAGCAAAUAAAACAGCUAA